AUGGCUUCUGGCUUCAAGGUACUUGUCAUAUUCGUGUCACUUCUUACUACCAUUUUAUGUCAAGAGAUAACAGACGAAGCGUUAGAUAGACAUGAAUCAUCGGCAUUUGAAAAACGAGCUAAAUUUGCAUUUGCAAAGCGACAUCCGCAAAGAUUUGCAUUUGUUAAACGAUAUGAUUAUGAGGACAUGAACAACUACGAUAAGAAAGCAAUGCAUUUUGAGUCUCCAGUACGUUCCAUGCAUAAUUUUGCAUUUGCAAAACGUAUUCCCUACUUGUCGUUUGCUUGA